ACCACAGGCCGGAUUGGAGGUUCGGUCGGACUCGACAGCCGAGAAGAGGAGCACUGUUGUCAUUCGUCAGGGCAGUGUGUCGAGCUUUUGUCCAGGAGAAAUGGCCGGGAUUAAAGCUCUCAUCAGCCUGUCCUUUGGAGGGGCCAUUGGCCUCAUGUUCCUGAUGCUAGGAUGUGCCCUCCCUGUGUACGACAAAUACUGGCCUUUGUUCCUCCUCUUCUUCUACAUCCUUUCUCCCAUCCCUUAUUGCAUCUCGCGGAGGGUGGUCGAUGACACAGACUCGGCCAGCAACGCCUGCAAAGAGCUGGCCAUCUUCCUCACGACGGGCAUCGUCAUUUCAGCCUUUGGCCUGCCCAUCGUAUUUGCAAGAGCUGAAGUAAUCGCCUGGGGGGCGUGUGCACUUGUGCUAACGGGUAACGUAGUUAUCUUUGGGACCAUCCUGGGCUUCUUCCUGGUCUUCGGAUCCAAUGACGACUUCAGUUGGCAGCAGUGGUAAAAGAGCAGUGAGGAGGACCUUAGUCUGAACUGUUUUUAUUAGCGUUACAAUUGUUAUUAUUAUUAUUAUUGUUAUGGUAUUACUGUUUGGUUCUUGUUGUUGGUAUUUAUAUGAUGACCGCCCACCCAUAGACUCACACCAGACCAGUGCAAUACUUUCUUUUGUCUUUUUUUUUUUUAACACAUGCAUCAUAUUGAACUGCCAUAAGUGAGAUGGAAAAUGCUGACUUUGAGUUGGAUUUUUACUCAUUUUAGUUAAGCUUUCUGACUUCUGUGCUUGUGAGUUUUCUCCAUUUAUGAGUCCGCUUUCAUUUUGAGCUUUGUGAGAAUCCAGUUGAAUGUCAAAUAAGACUUAAUAAGACCCAACGGGCAGAGUCAUAACUGUCUGGGCUCCUUUUUCUAUUUAGUAGACACUCUUGGAAAAGCUCUGGAAGGAACUUAGAGCACAGGCUGGUGUGCAUUUCCUAUCUAAGUGGUGAGUUGAGUGCAAAUCUGAAGGAAAAUGUGCACAAUACGAGCUCAGAUUUCACCACUUAUGAUGAGAACAAGUUCCUUUUCCAUUUCUUUUAUUGUUUGGAACAGUGUCUUUUUUAUUAUUUGCCAGUGAAAGGUGAAAAUUCAUCUGACACAGUUCAGAUUUUGUUUAAUUAGCUUUCUGCUAAUGCUACCAUCGCUAAGCUGUGAAAGUCUAGAGGAUCAGUGUGUGUCUGUGAGAGAGGUGGGCUGUGACUGCCACCAACCCUCCUCAUCUUUCCUUCUUUCUGUUUGGGACCAUGUUAGAAAUAAGUGUUUUCACUUCAGCAUGGUAUCCCUUUGCUUUUACCAGUGUCUCCAUAAAAGUCAGUCGUCAUCACACAAAAUAAGGAGAUGACGUUCAGGAGCAGCAGGAUGAAGAGAGGAUUCAUUCAGACACCCUCACCUUCACUGCAGAGAUCAAAUGAAACUGACUUAGUGAUUCCCCAGGUGCCAACUAGAUGCAGGCUGCUUAUUCACCCUGUUAUUUUGCACAUGUUAGUUCUUACCUCACGCUCAGUAUGGGUAAGCCCUGCCUUGUCAGGUCAAGAAAGCAUGUUGUAGCCGCCAGCUAGCAUAGGAUUAGCUUGAGGACAGCAGCCUUGUUGGAACCACCACCGACCUAAGAACUGGGCUACUUAUAAUCAAGGCCUGGUCAGCCACUAACAGCCCUUAAGCUUUUAAACGUGACUCCUUCAGAAUAAAGGAAUCUAUGCUCAGUGUUUAUGUUGUAUUUCUCACUAGAAGCACAUCCAGAUUCGGCACGUGUGCCGUUCACAUUUCCUCACACCAGCAAUCUCAUCUUACAAAUUCAGUUAUGUUUUGUGUUUUGAAGUGUUUUGUGAAGGAAAAUGUUCUUGUAAUCUGUUGGCAGCUUUGGGAUCAGUACAGCCUGCAGUCAGUCAGGUGCAGCUCUGCUCUUGGCUCUUUAACUGCAUUAGUGGUGGCUAAACAAGGAGCGUAGCAUCUGCUGCCUCACUAAAGAACUGCUGUGUUGAACGGAGCGUUGAGUGUUGAGCAUUUGUUCUUGUGGAUGACUCAGUUUGUAUAUGUGUUCUCUGGAAGAUCAAAAUGUGACUUUAUCAUAUUUGUUUUAGUUGUGCUUCAUAAUUUCAAGAUGUAGAUUUUAUUUAGUUAUUUUGUGUUGUAGACCAGACCAGAAAAUAAUUUGGGCAUGGAUUUCAACACACAGCAGAUUUCCAAUGAAAGUUCAAGACGAACUCUUAAUAUCCAUGUGUUAUCCCACAGUAUAAUUUCCAUUUUAAAGGAAUAGCUCAAAACAACUCUUCCAGGAGCUGGAUGAGAGCACUGAUACCACUCACGACAGGCUACCUUUGCAUAAAGAGUGGAAGCAGGGGGAGACCGCUAACCUGUAAAAGUCCAAAAAUAUGUCAGCCAAUACCUCUAAAGCUCAAUAUUUACCACGCCAGAUCUUCUCUCUUUAAUCUGUCCACAAAUAUCUUAAAUUUGAAUUCAAAAUAAAUUUACUUGCUUUAACUACAAACUGUUAUAAAAUGUCUGUUAAAAAUAUUUGAAGCUGUCUGUCCAAUCACUACUACUUAGUACUGAGAUGUUUUAGUCAAUACAUUAAAGGUACUGAGUACUGACACACAGCCCUUGUCAGGAAAGCUGUUUGCGUUAAUAUUGAACUAUUCCUUUAAAGUGACCUGUAACAUUUAGAUUAACAGAUUAAGAGCAAAAAGUGAAUCUGCAUGAACUUGAAUUUCCCUCAGGAUCCUUGAAUUUCCCUCAGGAUCCUUGAAUUUACCCUCGGGAUCAAUAAAGUAUCUAUCUAUCUAACUGCUGAUCUUACUGUAUUUCCUGCAGAAAUGAAUAAGUGUUCCUACAGAAAUUGGAGUUGGAAAUCUGCCUUAGGAACCCGUGCCUAUAAACACUAACUGAGGUCUGGGUUUUAGCACUACAGCUGGCGUUACGGUGACACACUCCGCUGUAAUAUUUCUGAACUUUCUUGUCUGUCAUGUGACUCUUCCAGAGAUCAUAACCCUGGCAUUGAUUGUAUGAAAAGCACCAGAACAUUGGCAGCUUUAGUUUCACUUAAAAGUUACUGAAUUCUGAGAACUACUGACAUGGUUUGUGCUUAUUUAAAUGUAACAAUACUUUGAUUCUAAUGGAACAUGCUCUUAACAGUAGACUUACCCACUGGUGUUGGUCUUUAAGCCUGUCUGUGGUUGGCCAGGCAGGGUAACUUCAUAUUGUGUUGCUGAUAAGUUUAUGACACUGUGUUCAUUUUUAUUUUGUCAAAUGUUCUCUGGCUUCUGUAUUUCUGUUCAAAGAGAGAUGUUACACUUUGUUUCUCACAGGUUUGAGAGGAUAUUUUAUUUGUUUAUGUCAUCAGACGCUUUUGUGUUGAUGUCCAGCGUCAUUUUCUGUCUCAGACUUUUGUGUUUAAGAGGCAGAGGUCAGCAUGGUGGUUUUCUUUUCUUUUCUUUUUCUUUUUUUUAAAUAAAUGCCAUUUUCGAA